CGUGGUUUGUGUCAACUGCGGGCUACAACCCGACCCUGUGUGUCAAGCCCAGCAUCCCCUCGGGUCGGAACAGUGUCCACAUCCUCCACCUCCGGCAAUAACUACAAUGGAAGCGCCGCCUCCUCUUGGGCCGAGAAGAUGCACACUAAUGCCUCAGAAUUUGGAGUUUCAAGAAAUUGAAGGAGAAGUAAGCAAAGUUUGGUUCCUAAGACCAAAACAAACGUAUGACUGUGGACAUCUCAUCUUUGACUUUGUCGACUGUGUUUGCCUCGGGGCAAAUAUGUACCCAAUUAUUUGGAAUUUUUUUCUGCAUGUCAACUCGGAGAGUAACAGAAUUUUUGGUUCCAAAAAUGGCUCUGUGGGUUUGUCUGGUAAUGGUUGCAUGAUAUUGGACGGUACUGGCGGACUUCAAAUCCCAUUCUUCAAAAACAUGGGACCUAAGACAAGCUGGAUUGUUGGCAUUGUCUUCAACAGACCCGUGGAUCAGCACUCCACUAUUAUGUACAGAACUCCUUUCAUCUCCAUAAACGGUGACGAGGUCUCUGUGUCUGUAGAAGUCAGGGACACGAUCACUAUGGUCACCGCCACUCUGACUGUCUCAGUUGUCGCACCUGGGCCCGGGUAUAUACUUGUGAUAGUGAGAUGGUACGGCAACACCUUAACCCUUACCGUAUUCGUGGAUGGCAUUUUGUACCAGGACUCUGUUGAAACCCCAGAUGACACUUUUCCAUGGGCUAUUAUUUUCCCACCCGCAGAACCUCUGUUUGUGGGGCACGUACCAAGAAGCUUUGUUGGCGAAAUUUGUUUGCUUUACUUCACCGACAAAUGGUUUUCCGGCGCUGUUUCUAUAAGAUCCGAUAUCCUCCUUUAUUACAUCGGCCCACCGUUUGGAUAAGUAUUGACUAUCGAUAAUGAUAUCAGACCCCCAGCAAAGCGAGAAACGGCGACAACCUCGUCCUGCGAACAGAACAUCUAUUUAGAACAGCUAGGACUCAUAAGUUCCAAUGAUGAUUUUUGGCAAUCGGAUGUAGAACUGGAUUCCUAAAAAAUAAAGCAUGGGCUUACUUGGCACGUUUCUUGUUGCUGGAAAAAUUUUCUUUUACGAAGACGAUGUCUAAAUUUUUGACGUAAUUUUUCCAUAGUGCA